UCAAAAUAGUAAACAUGUCGGAGCACAAGAAGGACUUUGACUUAGAAGUUGUACUGGAAGCCCUCAAAUCUUGUAAACAGGACGAUGACACAAUAUCUCUUAAGUCAUACCUUACAGCAUACCACGAGCUCUGCAGGUUUUUCAAGCUGAUUGGCAGAAUAUUUGCAUUUGUGGCACAUGAUCUACAAGACAAGAUCGAGAUAUUAGAGCAUCAUAUGUCUCUGAAUCCAGAGCCAUACAGUUCUGUACAAACUAUGAUACAAUAUGAAGUGGAGAACAACAUCACAAAGGUCAAGGUCAGGGGUCAACGACCUUCUGGGUCAAGGACACUGUUGAGGCUUCACAGAGCAUUAGAAUUCAUCAUUAAGUUUAUGAAACGCCUUGCAGAGUCGGACGAGGAUGAGAAAACUUCCCAUAUAGCCUCCGAGGUUUAUAGAGAAACCUUGGCAAAUUAUCAUCCAUGGCUGGUCCAAAAGAUGGCGGUAUUUGUGAUGUACACAUUGCCGAGUCACAAAGAUUUGAUCGAAAUGAUGUGCAAGCAUGAGUACAAAGAGGUGUUGAGACUACUUAGCGAAGUCACCGAAGAAGCAGAACCAAUAUAUGACGUAGUGCAAGAAAUAUUCAAAGAAAAUGACCUGCUACAACUGCCAUGAAAGCCUAUUAGAUUAGAAAACAUGGAUUUUUAAAUUAUGCUCAUGAUAGCUGAAUAUUUUGUGCAGGAUUAUUGUUUUAGGCUGAUAAGUUAACUAUAGCAGAUUUGUGAUAAGCUGUCCAAUAAUAUAUAUACUGCUAGUAUAGUGAAAUUGGUGAUAAACUUAUGAAGCAUUUUGUAAGAGUUUUUGAUUUUUAACAUGGUAACGUUAAAUGGACCACUAUGUAGAUGUUAUUUUUUGCUGGAAAAGAAGAAAAACGUGAAAGGACAACAAGCAAUGAGUUUUUCCAAUGCCAUGUACAAUUUUCUUAGCGCACAAACCCAAACAGUUCUCUGUGCAUUUUGAUUUUUAGAUUUUUUUAAAUUCUAUUUCGUAUUGCUCCUGUGGCUCAAAAGAGGUUGGGUGAUUUAUGAGAUGGGUAUGCACCUGGUUAUUCAAAAGAGAAAUUGGAUGAUUUAAGACACCCCC